UAUAAUAAAAUGUUUAUUCUAACGGUAAUUAAAUUGCUGCUGAUAGCAUUAAAUAUAUUUCCCAGUCGCUUUACAAAUCGACGGAUUAUGUUCCUCAUCUACAUGACAAAUCUGGUGACGCACGUCAUGAUGGAUGAGCCACGUUUUGCGCAGCCGAUACCAAACGUCACCGUUGCUGUGGGUCGAGAUGCCAAUCUGCCCUGCGUUGUGGAGCACUUGGGUGGCUACAAGGUGGCCUGGAUACACAUAGACAGGCAAAUGAUACUGACCAUCCACCGGCAUGUGAUAUCGAGGAUACCGAGGUACAGCAUCACCUACACGGACAACACGUGGCUGCUGCACGUGAAUCAGGCUCAUCAGGACGAUCGCGGCUACUAUAUGUGCCAGGUCAACACCAACCCGAUGAUUAGCCAAGUGGGCUAUCUACAGGUGGUCGUGCCACCAAAUAUUCUGGACAUUGAGAGUACGCCGUCGUCGGUGGCGGUGCGUGAAAAUCAAAAUAUCAACAUGACCUGUCGGGCCGAUGGCUUUCCGGCCCCGAAAAUCAUUUGGCGGCGCGAGGAUGGCGAGGAAAUCACCGUCGAAAAGAAGAAGAAAGUUCUGGUGUACGAUGCCGAUGUCCUGCCGCUAACCAAAGUGAGUCGCAAUGAAAUGGGCGCCUAUUUGUGCAUCGCCACCAAUGGAGUACCGCCAUCGGUGUCCAAGCGGAUCAUUCUGGACGUGGAGUUCUCGCCAAUGAUUUGGGUGCCGAAUCAACUUGUUGGCGCCCCAUCCGGCACAGAUGUAACCAUCGAUUGCCACACGGAGGCGCAUCCCAAAGCCAUUAUCUAUUGGGUAUACAAUUCGGUGAUGGUGUUGCCGAGCAAAAAGUAUAAAACCGACUACACGGAGAACUCCUAUCGUGCCCACAUGAAGCUGACGAUAAGAAACCUGCAAUAUGGUGACUUUGGCAACUAUCGAUGCAUCUCGAAGAACUCGCUGGGGGAAACGGAAGGCUCCAUACGUGUUUACGAAAUACCCUUGCCAUCCACACCAUCCAAGCAGGUCACCCACACCACCGUCGAGUCCAGGGAGAACAAUAUCAUACCCUCAUCACGCAACGACACAACGAAGUCCCUGCAAACGGAUGUGGGAUAUGCCAUGAAGAACGAUUUAUAUCCUGGCUCGGCCUCCUCCUCGUCUUCGGGAGGCAGUUCCUCGGCGGCCUCGUCCUCCACCUCGAUGCAGACCUCGGCAUUGCCAGGAGGUGUGGCGGGAAAUAGUCUAUCAUCGAUGGGCUCCAAAGGAUCCUUGGCGAUAGGCAAGAGCACAUUCUACACGGAGCGACCACCGAAUGAGUACGCCUCCUCGUCAGUGGCUGGCCUGCUGCUUCAUAGAGCAUUGCUGUUCGGCUCUGGAAUCUAUCUGAUCCUGCUUUGAAAUCAAUAAGUCGUUUGAGUUAAUCAAUAAGCAUUUGGAAAAUGCAGCCAAAGGGGGUAUAGAAAAAAACGGGGGAAUAGCUUAGGUACAUCAUCAUAUUUCAUAGCUGAAAGUAUAUCAAAAAUCCAAUAAUAAUAAUUAACAAACAAAACUGCUUCAAACUUGGCUCACUUCACAGCUAUAGGAAUUUGUAAAGUUAUUUAAAUAAAAUUAAAAACUUAAAGGAAAAGAAGAAGUAUUUUGAAGAACAAUAAAAUGCUCAUUGUAUGUAUAGAACUUAUGAAAUUCGAAGCUUAAGAUAAAUUACUGACCAUAUGAAAAUCGUACGAAAAUCAAAUUGUACAAUAC